AUGUGGAUGUUUCUGUACAGAAAGCUGAGCCAGGCCAGUGCGGCUGCUUAUGAACCAAAGGGACGGGUCAUCUGGGAACAGUACGUACAGGAAUGUCGUGUGAACAGGACUGCUGACAGUUUGACUACUCAUUUUCGACGGCACAUGUUCAAUAAUCUCUACAAUGCUGCUCUGGAAUGUAAUGUAAUGAUGUUUAUUUACCGUCGACUUCGAAUUAAAAUGGCUCGCCCUGUCAAGAAAGCACUCGAGUUGAAAUUUUCCGUGGAAAUCGAGUUGAACGAGGGCGACUAUGUGAGAUCCUUCAAGAAAGUGGUGCGACCAUUGGGGCGGCAACAAGGUGAUGAUGACGGUAAUGGUUCGAUCAACAGAGGCAAGUCAGCACAAAACAAGGCUUUUGUGAAAGGUCGCCCGCAGAAGGAGCUCCAUGUAUCAAGUGAUGAAGGGUCGGUAACUCCUCCGCCUUUGAAGAGGUCCUCCCUGGACUAUACGCGGCAAAUUCAAGAUGUUGUUGUCAAUAGCCGUUUCGAAGCGCGAUAUAAGAGACGACCCAGUGAGAUUCAUGACGAAGAUUUCGAAUCAUUUGAAGGAGAUCAGUCGUCAUCUAUGCUUUUCUCCACUGCUGUUUGCGACAUUCACCAAACUAGAGACCGAGUUCCGCCUCCAGGUCACCGGAAUUCGGAAAACUGUGACCAAGACGAUGUUGUAAUAGAAAGUUCUUCCAGUGGCAAUCAAGAUCAAGUCCCUUCUCAGGAAGCCCAAAUAUCAGAGAGUCCUGACGUUGUCGAGGAUUCUGCAGGAAGAGCACUCGGUUCAAAAGCUAGUCAAGAUCAGUUCUCGCCUUCGGAAGAGCAACAAAUUUUAGAGAGCUCUGACCGUAUCCGAAUCAACACGGCGACAGGAAUCACAACGAGUACCAACCAAGAAACAGUCGCACCGAACUCUGCAACAGAUGAGCAGCAGUGUGUCCCCCAGUUGGACCCGAUAUUGGUAUCGGAAACUAGUGACACCUGUGAGAGUGCGUACCACCGUCUUUACGGGGCUAUAGUCAAUCCGGCCAGUCAAUCUGAGGCACAUCCGCUUGACCGUCUCACAUUUCAUUCUUUGGCGAACGUCAUUCGCAAUAUUCUGAAAGAAAGACCAGAAGCAUGA